GUUAAAGGACCUCCUCCUGGUCUUCCCAAAGUUGCGUUGAUUCUGGAAAAGUGGGAGGGGUCAGUCCUGGUGUUGGUUUUUUGAGAUAGUCUUCUGCAACCUGGCAUAAGGAAUGUACAAUCCAACUGUACAUGCAGGCUGACCUCCUUCGUGAAGAAUUCUGGAGAACCAGAGCUUGAAAACUAAAAAUAUUGCCUAAUUCUUUGCAAGGCAAGGAUCAAAAUUCCUUAUAAUUUAUGACCAGAGUUAAGAUUUGGAGAAAAAUAACAAUACGUGGGAGCCACAUGCUCUCAAAAUCCAGACAUUAUACUACUUCAAACAGAAAUUUAAAGGGACGUUAAUUGGUACAAGAAGUUCAAUGUAUCAGAGCAGGGACAAGUUCUUAAUUAGUGGGAACCAUUUUUGUCCCCUCGGGGACAUCCAAUAAAAUUGGAAUGAUAAUUGCAACUCACAUCAAAUGCAUGAUUUUUCAUCCAUUUGCUAAUAAUUUGACCUGCUGAGAUGACUUGUUUUAGAUUUCCAAUUGGUUAAGAGAAGAGUACUUAUGAAUAUCGUUUUUCAGAUUUAAGACAUUAGUACUAUAGACAGAUGACAUGGCAAUGUAGUACGUAGUAUGUAAAAGGCACAUGGGCAGCAUGGCACGUGGAAUUCAUGCUCGAUACAGACGGUGGUGGGAAGGGAGGGAGGGGACUCGACCCUUUGAUGUUCCAAAGAGGAGGCGCAUGAGACGGUCUUGCCAUGCUUCUUUGUCCCCUAUCCCUAUCACCACUCCACUCCUCUACAGGUUAUAAGAACAAAGAUAUAGCUGCAACUCGCAAUUCAUGCAAAAGUAACUUGUAUAGAACACGCAGACAAAGAAUGGCAGUCUUGAUCUACAGAAACACAUGGUAUGCAGAAAAAUCAAAGGCUUUUGAGACAUCAAUCACAUCAAGUUUGAGGCCUCCCACCUUAGAGGAGUGCAUAUCACAACAACGAGAAGUCAAAACUAGUGGACGUAACAACAAUCAUGUCCACAGUCGGGGUGGCGUUCACAAGCAGAUCAAUGAUCCAAAUGUUCUUUAUAAGAAACAAGACCUGACAAAUGGAGCUACUUCAGGAAAUGAGAAUACUAAAGUACCAUCUUUCCAAAAAGAUUUGCAACUGGCGAGAAAUAUAAAGGGAUUGAAGAGGAACGUGCGGUCAUUGCAGGGAUCUGUGCAACAUGAUUCUGUAGAAACAGCAGAUGUUCAGGAAAUUGAGGCUGUGGAAGACAUUGUAGUGAUGGAUUAUGCGCAACCCCAUCGGAAACCACCCAUUCAUAAUGAAAAGCCCUAGACUAUCGGACAUUUUCCUUUUUGAAUCCAGAUUUCCUAUAAUUUUCUGCCCCAAAUAUCUUUUAUAAUUUGGAAAGAGGGGUAGACACAUGAUCAUGUUGAUGUCACGGUAUUUUAUGUUGCCAAUUUUAAUGCAGUGAGAUCCACAUUCUGUGUUUAUCUCUCUCCGAAUUGUAAAAGAUAUUUGGACCAAAAAAUUGUAGAAAAUCAGACCUUGUAUUUCGUUUUUAAAGCUUUGUUCACUUAUACUCUCUUUUUAAUAGGAUUAAUGUUUCGAACAGUGUUUGUAAUGUAUGAAGUAAACAUUUUCGUCAUAA